UCUCUCUCUCUCUCUCUCUUCAGUGAUGAAGUUUGUGGUGGAGCAUGUGAGCAGAUUGGGGAUGGCUAGGCAGGCUGGGUGGUCUCUGCAGCCAGCCUGAUAGUAUGCACACCACUCCACUCUCCCUUAUUCCCACCAAGGGAGGCAGUGCACCACAUCUCAUGCAGGACGUACUGCACCGGUGGCGAGGCGUCGAGGAAGCACCUCUUUGUGUUCCUGCCCACCACUUUACUGAACACAUGAAGGUGCUCCAGAGUUUCAAGAAGGGUGGCACACACACUUUGCUGCACUACAAGCUUUUGGAGGUCCAGCGGCACACUGCACACUUCUUUCCUAAACGUGUGUGCAGAGUGCAAGACAGAGUGGCAAGGAUGGAGGAUGCAUCAACAUUCACAGCAUCAUUGGUUCAUGCUUUUUAUUUUUUUUGUGUGUGUGUGUGUGGAAAGAAGUGCACACAGUUUUAACCGAAGGAUUAUAUGUGUGUGUGUGUGUGUGUGUGUGUGUGGGCAGCUUUAUGGGCAAGUGUGCCAGUCAUUCCUUGAAUUCAAUGUUUUUCAUUUAGGGAAAAAUUGUUGUAUAUAAUUAGGUUUAUAGACAUUUUUGAGUGGGAAUGUUUAGACUGAUUAAAUAGUAAGUUUCUCUACUUUGUAGAGCUUUGCUGUUACUGUUCUGUGUAAGGUUUCAAGGGCCGUAUUCUACAAACCAUCAUAGCUAGUGAUGUGAUUGUAGACAAAAUGGUGCAUUUUAGACACAAGUCCCUCAAUGACAGGCUCUCACCUUGUGACUCGUCAUAAGUUCAGUCUGUUGCAGCGCUGCCAACCACUGUCUUAAAACUCUUCUCAGCAUGGUGAGAGCUUGUUUUAUGUACCAUGGCAUGAUCCCCGACAGUUUUUGAUAUUAAUUAAUGAUAAAUAUCUGUAAUGAUGGCUAAAUAAUGUCCUUUGAUGGAGUAAUUUAUCAUUAUAGAUAACUGCCAAGAGGGUGCGAUCAGUUUUCCAAAAACUCAAACAAACCUUGCUCUGAGUGGCUUGCAUGUGUCAUGUGUCAUGUGUCAGGCUGUUGGGCAUAAUCUUAUGUUUGUCAUGUUUCCUUUGUUUGGAUACACAGUCUUACUAUGAUGUCAAAAUAAUUAGAAUUGUAGAAAUUAUGUCAAGGAUCUAUUUCUUUGUAUACUUAUAUAAAGUUGACAAGUGAUGAGCCCAAAGACCAGCAGUGGAGUGACGGUCAGGCAUUCAGUGAGACCUGAGGCUGACUGUGUAGAAUACGGCCCCAGAAGGACGGUCUGUGUUUUGUGUAUUUAUGGUGACAAUGUAGCGUUGCAAGGGACAACAUGCUGUUUGAGACCAAAGCCAUUGUGUAAGAAAUCAUUGUACAGAGUUGAUAGUUCCUCCUAGACUUUGCAAUGAAAUUGCUGUCAAAAUACUAUUAUGUUAUUGUAUUCAUUUUUUUAAUGUUAUAUUAGACAAAUGUAUGGAUGACCUGUUCAUACAGAGACUGCUGCCAUGUAUGUGCAGGCCUCAUGGUCCAUCUUGCAACUUUCCUAAUUUUUUUCUCUAAUACUUUGUAAGGUGAAAAUAUUCCCAGACUAAAAAAUAUAAAAUUGUCCCAAGUUAGAAAUUGCAGAAAUUAUUCUAAGUUGAAAUAUAAAAAUUGUUGUAUGUUGCAAGUUGUAAAAUUUCUGUUGAAAAUUGUUAAAAUUUUCCUAGCUGUUCAAAUUCUAGUGUUGCUUUGUAAAAAUAUCCUAGCUGUUCAAAUUCUAGUGUUGCUUUGUAAAAAUGU